AUGGUUGAGACCCCCUGCCUCGAGGUAAAUCUCGAUCUCGGCCCCCUCCACGCCGACCACCAACUCCAAGAAGCCCUCCACCUCAACGCCAGCCGCGACGACCUAGCAACCGCGCCCUCCGCAGGUCGCAAACACUCCCGCUCGAGUUCAAACAUCAGCAGCAACAGUCUGGAUUCGAGCGGCUCAGAUGUCUCUGGGAAGUAUGACGAUGCGGAUGAAGUCGAGUACUACAAUGUUGAUAAGGAGGGUGUGAAUGGUUCGCCGCAUUCCCCGAAGAGACGCCGGUCGAAUGAUUGGCCCGAGGAGUCUCGUGGACAAGCGCAUGAACAGGACAAGGGACGAGAAGAAGUCAAGAAAUACCACGAGAGCGCGAGUAGUUUUGGGCGAAGAUGGAGGCAUCGCAUGACUGGUUCUCCUCGUAUAACUGCUACAGCCUCGAACUCGAACUCGACAAAGAGUCCCAAGAGCCCUGCGCCCCGUGGUCGGCGAUCACGUUUCAUAGAGGGUACUAUGAACGAUAGCGUCAGUGAAAAGCCACCCAGUAUUUAUCUUCGCGAGGAUUUGUAUGCGCAGGAGCAUCAGCAGUACCCCCAGCAACAGAACUUUCAACACGAAAGGGGCUCUGGUGGUGCGAGUAACCACAGCCAUAAAUCUUCGGGAAUUUUUCGAUUUGGGAAGGCGAUUGCCUCUGCAUUCAAUCCAUUUGGUGGAUGGGCGGGGGUUUGGAAGGGGGAUACUUCUGAUUCUGGUUCUGGUUCCGGGUCUGCGUCUACAGAUGAAAAUUACAACUACAACCAACAGCAAGAGGAUGACAUCGCGCGCGUGCACAGGGCCUACGAGGAGCUGAAAAAGUCCGGCUUCAAAGGAACCGUCAAGGGCGCGUAUAUGCAAGAUGCGCAGUCCUCGAAUGCACUCCCCGAGCAGGCGUGGAAAUCCAUCCAGGCAAAAAUGGACACCAACUACAAGCCCUCUACACCUGGACGUCACGCGCGACAGAUAUCUGGAGAGAGCCAGGACUCGACAAUUGGGGGAUCGAUCAGGACAUCGUUGGAUCUGCGAAGCUCGUUGGAUUUUCGGGGCGCGUUGGAUCUUCGCAGGGCCAAGUCAUCACUUGGUAUCUCUUCGUUGGUUAAGCAGCAAGAACCUGGUACUCCGGAAGUGCGAAAACAGAAGUCCCGGAAGGAUCUAUUGAAACAGGCGAAGUUGUUGAAGAAGGUUAGCAAUCUGGAGGAUAAGCUUGAGCGCACUAGACGUGAGCUUCGCGAGUUGCAGAGUUCUCAAGAAAAAGUACCGAAAAUACCAAAAGAAUAUGAACAGGGACAAACCCAGAGACAGCGACAUGAGGGACAGCCACCACCACAGCCACAGCAACAGCAGGAGGAGCCCGAACACGUACAAGCGCAGGAACCGGUCCCGCUGUCAGUGUCGGAACAAGCCAUGUCUUUCGAGCAACCCUUUUAUCCCAAGACAUUCGUUCCUGGCACUCUUUCCACCCUUCCAUCGGAGAGGACUUUGGAGAAUCAAGCGGAGGCUGAAGAUAAAAAACGUUCCCAUGCAACUGAUACCACUGAGACUACUGCUGCUGGUGAACCAUUGCAGUCGCUUUCACCAAAUAUCACCCAUGAAGCGAAUAUAACCACGCCCAAAAAGGAGAUGAAAGAGCAAUCGAUUCUAUCUGCGACGACCGACAGCCCAUCUCUAAAACGCAAAUCGCCCGAUCCAGAGUCCCUAGAGGCACCCAAAGCUCUCGACUCGAACCAAGGCACCAACAUCGUUUUCGAGAAAGGAACUCCCUCCACAAGUACCACACCCACCAAAUCAAACAGUACCCGCCGUCGCUCCAAACUCCAAAAAAUGGGUAAAAGCGACAGCCCCGGCUCCGUCGAACGCAGAAAAUCUCAAUCCAGCACUCCUGGAUCAAUCACACGACGUAAACCGCGCUACCUCAACCCUACUAGUCCAAGAUCUUCCCCGUCAGCGAGAAGAAGAUCCAGAUCGAUUUCUAUAUCUACCACUGCAUCGCCUAGGAAGGCACAGGCGCGUCUGAAGACAAAAAAGGGAUUCUACGAUCUUGCAUCUGCUUCUGCUACCGCUCUGCCUCACACUGAUAAGGAUGUCGGUAUGGAUAUUGACGUGGAUUCGGAUGCAGAUACCGAUAUUAUGGACUACGAUAUGGAUUCCGCGCAGCAACAGCAAAACUCGUUUUAUCUGCAUGGUGAACAGCAUAUUCACCAUGACAACAGCGCAAACUCAACACCAACCCGCACACCCAGUCGCAAAUAUUACGAUUUCGAAUAUAUUCCUCCCGUCCCACCGCUCCCGAAGGACCUCGCUGCUACCGCUGCGAGAGCUGACCAGCGGCUAGCUAAAGAGUUUGUGAGGAGGAAGAGUGCCGGGACGACUGCUGUGCAUGGUAGUGCCCAGCAGAGUCGCUUGCAUACGAAGCAGCAGGUGGAGGUGCAGGUACCUAUGAAAGAUGAUUUUGAGUGGCCUGAGGAUAUCUUCUAA